GCUUCGCGGCCCUGCUCGCCUGCACUCCAAGCUGCUGCUAAGCAGUAACAGUAUCAGACCCCUAAUGAUGAGUUAUGCUGAAAAGCCAGAGGACAUAACUCGAGAAGAAUGGAUGGAAAAGCUCAACAAUGUCCAUGUUCAGCGGGCAGACAUGAAUCGGCUCAUCAUGAAUUAUCUGGUGACAGAGGGUUUUAAGGAGGCAGCAGAGAAAUUCAGACUGGAAUCAGGAAUCGAGCCAAGUGUUGACCUGGACUCACUUGAUGAGAGGAUAAAGAUCAGAGAGAUGAUUCUGAAGGGCCAAAUUCAGGAGGCCAUUGCACUGAUCAACAGUCUGCAUCCUGAGCUUCUAGAUACUAAUCGCUACCUAUACUUCCAUCUCCAGCAGCAGCAUCUGAUUGAGUUAAUUCGCCUGAGGGAGACGGAGGCGGCGCUAGAGUUUGCACAGACGCAGCUGGCUGAGCAGGGCGAGGAGAGUAGAGAUUGUCUGUCUGAGAUGGAGCGCACUCUCGCACUGCUGGCCUUCGAUAACCCUGAAGAGUCACCGUUUGGAGAUCUCCUCAACAUGAUGCAGAGACAGAAGGUAUGGAGUGAAGUAAACCAAGCUGUCCUGGACUAUGAGAACCGAGAGUCGACACCCAAACUGGCGAAACUCCUAAAACUUCUGUUGUGGGCUCAGAAUGAACUGGACCAGAAGAAAGUCAAGUACCCUAAAAUGACUGAUCUGAGCAAAGGCACGAUCGAGGACCCCAAAUAGAGAGGAACAUGAGAGCUGCUCAGUGUUAACAUUGUGUUGGAAGUCAAAUGGACAUUUUUGCCUCCCCUUUCAAUAUUUAUAUUCAGUCAGUGACUGAUUUUUUUUUUUUUCUGUCUAGUAUACUUAUAUCUACUAUUGCUUAUCAGAGACUUUUUUGCAUUAAAUGGGUUGUGCAAAUGGGAA